AUGCUAGGAAUCGAACCCGCGACCUUCGGGCUUUCUAUUGAAGACAACAAAGAAAACUGCUUCUCCCUCCAUCGUAUUUUCUUUGACUUACGCAGCAGCAAUUUGCUGCUUAUACACCUCAAUAGAGACCCCAACAAUGCAUUUGAUAGCAGCAGCAGCAGCAGCAGCAGCAGCAGCAGCAACGAGCAGCAGCAAUGGGCGGAGCAGCAGCAGCAGCAGCUGCAGCAGCAGCAGCAGAACCACGUGCUGCAACAGUACCAACAACGCACAGAGCAUGAAGACCAAACAGUUGUUGCCGCUGUCUUCAUCAACGAGGAGGGGAAGGGGGCUUUACUAGGGUAUCGCUGGAUUUUGCAUGAUUAG